UCAUUCGGUUCCCAUUUAAAGUACAGAUCACAUGUGAGCAAAAAAUAUUUUCUGAAAGUUGAAAAAAGUUCAAAAAUUCCGGUUUGAAAAUAACGAUAAAACAUAAAAAAUUAAACAUAAAAAAAUAUAAUUUCGUUUUUGAUAUUUCAAAAGUGAAAUUUUAGAGUACAGAAGGUUACGAAUCAUGCAGCGUUCACCGGUUGGAUUCAUCGGCUGUUUGUGGAGACGGCCAGCUGUACCACGGCUGCUGAAACAUACAAUGCUUAAGCGCCAUAUUGCUGCCCAUAGCUCGAAGAAAGGAGCGAAUAGAAGCGGAAACAUUAGCAAGAUGGCAGCGGAACCGGCAAAAGUUGGCAGUGGCAAGACCAGCAAAAGCAUCAGCUCCACCGGCCCCAGCACCAGCACCAGAACCGAGAGCGGCACCACCGGCAGAAGUGGCACCUCUGGCAAGACCAGCAUAGGAGUGGAUAUGAAUCGACCGCGGCACAUAAUGCGUGAAGAUAAUAUGUGGAACGAUCCACAGCGAUUGGAUACUAAAUGGCUGCGACCGCGCGACCCCAGACGCUACAAGCCCGACUUUGGACUGACCGAGCCGCACUCGCUGCGCAAACAGUUUAUGCGCAGUCCGGACGAGCGCACUCGGGAUGCCAUGGGACACGACUGGGAGGCAGCUGUGCGCAUCGCUACCAAUAGACGCCGCCGGGCUUAUUUGGCCUACCACAAACGCGAUCAGGAGAAGGCCGACAAGUUAGUUGAACAUGGGCUGGGAGGAAAGUCGAAAUCGGAUGCCAGGUCCGACCGCAAGGCUAAGCGCGAUCAGCCAAAGGAUAGGAAAUAACAAUGCUAUAAAUUUUAAGAUACGUUACCUUACCUUGGCACUUACCCAAUCCCAUCUAUAUGCUAAUCGAAAUGCCUCGAUAUCAGCGAAUCAUGACGGCCAUAGCCAACCAAAUUGCUUAUGAAAAGUGUAUAAAUUAGCACACUUUAUGUACCCAGCAUCUUCAAUCCCCCGAAUCGCAACCCCCCUAAAAAUGCUCCAUAAAUCCUAUGCGUGCUCCUCGCGCUCCAUAAUCCCAUCAGCCGACGCAAGUCGAUGCUACUAAAAGCACAUUUUACUGAGCAAAAACAAAGAGGAACAGAAAAACAAAAAGUUACCAGACAAAAAAUGGAUAGACGGCGUAUACAGGUUGUGUAGUUUUUCGUGCGAUACGUAGCGAGCAGUCAAUGACCAAUGGCUGAGGCGACUUCUCCGAUCUGGUGUGAUCCUAAUAUCUAGAUGUAUAUAUAUAUAACUAUAUAUUUAUAUGCAUAUAUAUAUCCAUAUGUAUAUAUAUUUGAACCAAAAUGGCAAUUUUAAAAGUACCUACAAUUGCAGCAGUUUCUUUAUUGAUAUAUACAUAAAACAGUAUGUAUAUGCAAUAAAUUCAUUUUUCUGUUUCUUUUUUGCUUCAAAUUAAAGGCAUUCGCUCUAAGCCGAUGAUAAUUUGAAAAAAGUUGCCUACACAUCAAAAUAAAGACUAUGCAACGGAA